GUCUCGAGACGUCCAGAGUCGCAUCUCCCUGGCUUACCUCCCGCUGGUGCACCGCCAUGGCCCUAUAUCCUGACAGUUCAUGGGAAUCUCCAGGACUCGAAUGCACCCAGAGGCCCUUCCAGACUCUUGACAUCUAUGCCUGGAGCCCACAGGACUGCGGGGACUGGGCCAGCAGUGUCUGCCGUCGCAGGGGCCUCGACCAGAACGCCGUGGAUCUCUGCUCCUUCAGGAACACCACCGGCGUCCUGCUGCUCCAGUUCUCCUUACAGGACUUCUGCACGCUCGUUGGAGACGACGUCGGUGGGCUGUUCUAUCAGGAUUUUCUGGCCCAGAUUAAGAAGAGGCGAGCUAACUAUAUGGAGACCCCUGCAGACAGCUAUCCCUCUCACUACGGGAUGUAUUCGACCUCCGUCCGGGAUAGCUACUCCUCGUGGGAGUACACGAGCGACGACAUCCGGGCUCUAGACCAGUAUAUACCCGAGGAGGUGUUCGAGAACAUCACGCAGGACUUCGGGUUAGCGGAACAGCUGAUGCCUGUUAAGUAUGGCGAACACCCGCCAUUCAACCAGCCAGUGGACAUGGCAAGAGGCGAGGCAACACAGCCUCUACUAGACGCAACGGUGGGUGGGGCGGAGGUGGGCGUGGUCGAGGAGGCUGGCGUGGGCGCGGGGGCCGAUGGCUGUAGCGCCGAAGAAGGUGCUGUGGCGUCGCUGCUGUACCCCAUAACGAGCAGGAGGAAGCGCACUCGGGGUCCCAAAGUGUGGGAGUUCCUCGUGCGUCUCCUUCUGGACCCCAGCACCAACCCUUCGCUGAUCGCCUGGGAGGACAGGGAGGCUGGGACCUUCCGGCUGGUGGAGAAGGAGAAGAUCGCCGCCCUCUGGAUAAAGCGGUCGGGCAGUGGGAGUCUUUCCUACUCCAACUUUGCUCGCACGAUUAGACACCACUACGGGACGGGGAACAUCCUACCAACGGAUCGCCAGCUCGUCUUCGGCCUGGGUGCUGCGGCCUGGGACUACCUGAACAGACUUCGGCAAGAUGGCAGCGCCUUCGAGGACACGGACCCAAGCCGACGAUCCAGUGUGGAGUGAGGGCACAAUGCUGUGUUUUGGAGUACAUUGGCUGUGACACUUAGGAUUAGGGAAGGAACCUUUGUUUUUUCGAUAGAUCAUUAAGUUGUCUAAUGUCAUCUCUGUUAAAACAUUUAUGUGUAAUUAGAUUUAAUUAAUUUUCGUAUUUGUGUUUACGAUUACUGUUCGGUAUGAUUGUUAGUCUUAUUUUUAAUACAUGCCGUUGUGUUUCGUUUUCCAAAUUAUGGUUAUAGUAUUGUGAAUGAUAUCCACUCUGAAGAAUCUUUGAAGUUAUGAAAGAUAAUUCGUAUGUCAUUGUCUUAUAGAAACUUACGGAUGGCAGCUGGCAUUCCAAGGAAACAGAAUGUAGAUGAAGAAAUUAGAAGACAGUGGCGUAUACACCUAAAUGUACGGACUUGUCUAAAUGUGCAAAUUAUGAUAUUUACUCCGUUUAGUGUUUAUAAAAAGAUAAAUAAAUACACACAAACAUACAGAGAGAGAGAGAGAGGUAAACGACGGCAGGUCAUGUUAGGCCAAAGGCUCGGCAGUGACCGAUGACUGAGCACUCUAGGGAUGUGGAGGGCGAGGGCAGAGGAGAACCCAAUAUUUCCAAGCUAUUUAAAAUCUCUCAAGUACCCUGGCUGUUUCGGUUGCAAUGUUUCAGCUGGUUUAUCAGGGCGACUACGGGCGAGAACAUCAACGGAGGGAAAGAUAAUGCGAGUAGUUUUGUUGGUUUGGCCUUUCCAUGGAUAUAGCGUACUUGCUCUGAGAGGCUCAUGCACUUCACGAAAGUGGCACCGGUAUUCUCGAAGUACUGUUUGUGCCCACUUGAAGAAGGCCUGGUGUGGACCAGUGUUCAUCAGGCUGCACUGGAUAUAUAUAUUAUAGAUAUAUACUAUCCAUUUAAUUAUCCAUGAUGUGGAACAUUGGGUAGUAUGUUGUGUUUACAGAAAUAGAUAAGAAUAGGGUAGAAAGUUUAAGAAAACGUACUGACACACCACCAAUAGCGGAGCGUCGUCAAAGAAAAUGGUUAGAUGAGGGAUGACUGAGAUAUUUGACUUGAUGAGGGACAGAAGUGUAAAUAGGAAUGUAAAUAAGGAAAAUUGUUUGGUUGUAUGGUCUGCGUACCUAUACUCCGAUUAUUGUUAUCAAGUAUAUAUUUAUGUGGAGAUGUUGAGUUACAAUCCUAUACAAAAUGAUACUUUGUUAUUGUGUUGAACCUUAAAAAGGGUUGUACUUUGAUAUUGUAUGCUAGACCUGUCAGUAUUUCAUAUUAAGGACAGUAGUGGAUUUGGACUUCUUUACAUGUUUGGCUGAAUAUUUUUAUUGCAAUGAUGAACCACUUAUUUGUAAGAUAGUUUUUGUGCUAGGACGGAAAUGUCAAAACAAUACCAUUCGCUGUUGUUUUGUCUCUUCUGUAUUUCAGUGAUAGGACACUAAAUUCCAUGAAGCAUUUUGCAAAGGCCAAGUUGCAAUUAUUUUUGGCCGGAUGCUAGUCACCGAAAAUUUGCAUUUCUGGUAACAUUUUCGAUGAUAAUUUAUAGUUUUUUUUAUUAAACACAAAUAAGUAUUAGUAUGUUAGAUAAGCUUCACGAUCUACUGUUUACUUUUCGGCCAUCAGCUGAUUGUGCUUUUGCUUUAAUUUUUUUUUUUUCAGAGGUCUAAAUUUACGUCGGUAUGUUUGCUUUGCAGCUGCUUCUCCCAACAUUUCAUCAGCUAUAUAUAUUAUAUUCUUUUCCAGCAGUGAAUAUGGUUUUCUUCCAUGCAUUUAAGCCAGACAAAGUUUAUUGUUAAGGAAGCUUUCAUAAUUUCUUAGACAAUUAUUAGCAUAGCCUGUCUCAAUGAGCAUUGGUGUAUUUUGGUAUUCAAAAUCUAUGGAAUAGAGUAUCUAAUUGUUUAAUGUUUUUUUUGUUUGUUUGUUUGUUUUACUCUUUUAGGAAGUCUUAAUUUAUUUGUCAGACAACAAUUACACAAGUAAAUGAAAAAA